CGGCCUCCUGAAGCCGUUUCUCAGGGGAAGAUGCAGCGAAACCCCGGGUGAAGCCGACACUGGCCCCGGCACUGGGUGAGGGCGGCUCCGGCACACUGGCCCCGGCACUGGGUGAGGGCGGCUCCGGCUCCGGCACUGGCACUGGCACUGGUGUAAUUUUGACUGCUAUGGCGGUAGAUGGGAGAUUCUCCACCUUUAAGGAGUUCAGUCCACUGUAUUACUUGCUUAACGCGAUUCCAGCAAAAGUUCAGAAAGGAUUUAGAAAUGUGGUUGUGCAUCUCACGGCGCUCGAUGCCAAUAAGGACUUCAUUGCAGUGGGCACCAACAUCGGCAUGCUUUACCUCUACUCCAGGCGGAUGAACAAGAUGACUAAAUAUAAUUUAGAGGGCAAGACUGAGGUUAUUAAAGUGGUGAAGCUGUUGGCCUGCUUUGAUGACCUGGUUGCCGUUGGGACAGCCUCGGGGAGAGUGACGCUUUUCCAGCUGGUUUCCCGCUUGCCUGGUAGAAACAAGCAGUUGCGCCGAUUUGAUGUUGUGGGGAUUCACAAAAGUAACAUUACAGCUUUAGCUUGGAGCAGCAAUGGAAUGAAACUCUUCUCUGGGGAUGAGCUGGGUAAAGUUGUCUAUGCUGCUGUGGACCUGGAUCAGGGUAUUUGUAGUCCUACAGUGAUAUUAGAAGAUGCAUCUUCUAUUGUACAGUUGGACUACACGCAGAAAAUUCUUCUUGUUUCAACUUGCCUGCGCUCCAUCCUUAUAUAUACUGAGCAAAAUGUUAUCAGGCAGGUUGGAACACAGCCAAGGAAAAUUGCUGGCAGAUUUGGAGCAUGUUUCAUUCCAGGCCUCUGCAAACAAACUGAUAUCAAUCUGUAUGCUUCAAGACCGGGGCUUCGACUGUGGAAAUCUGACGUACACGGAGCUGUUCAGUCAACCCUCAUUUUAAAAAGUACAUUUACCAGUGGUGUGAAACCUUUUGAGUUGUUUCCACGACCGAGGUUGACAACUAACCUCAAAGGCGCACAGGCCUCGGAGAGAAACCUCGGCCUGUUGAAGUGCUGCUUACGUGACGGAUGGGUACUGAGCUGGAAUGAGGCUAGUAUUUAUGUGAUUGAUGCAGUUAAUCAGGCUCUAAUUGGUGGACUGGAGGGGUUCAGUAGUAUUAUAUCUGUUUCCUGUACAGAAGAUGAGAUUUUCAUGUUGACCCACGACCGUGAUAUCAUUCGGAUUUCCAGCAAGCCAGAAGGCUUGAUAGCCGGUGUAAAGUCACAAUCGCUGCUGACAACCACCUGCAGUGAAUCAGUUCGAGAAAGAAUGAGCUCAGCCGACUCGAGGGAUGUGCAAAAUGAUGAUAAGACUUCAGGAAGUGUUAGUUUUGAGAUGCGGAAGUCAUCGUCCUCUGAGCCUGAGCACUGGCAGAGUCUGGGUAUUGAAGAUGAUGGUGGAGGGGGACAAGCAUGGGAUGAGACGGGGGAAAGAAGAGGCUCUAUGACCAGUGAGCCCAGGAGCAGAAGUAGUUCCCUUAAUAGUAGUAUCAGUGUUUUCAGCCACGUAACCACUCCAGAACAGCAGGUUGGAGCACUGUCCUCGCCUGUGUUGUUAUCAAAGGUUCCAGAGACUUCGGAGAGAUUCGGGGCAAUGAACAUGGAGGAUUUCAACCAACAAUUGGUCGUUGUCUCGGUGAAAAAGAAGAAAAAACGGAAACAAGCAAGUUUGGCAUCGGAAAACAGCAGCCAGGUGAAACAUGAAACUGACUUUUCCAGCAGCUCUGUGUGUUCAGAGCCAGCACUUCUGAGUGACUUUGCCAUCGAUAGUUCUGUGACCACAACGUGCGACCUGUCAGAGCAGCUGAGCUUGUUGAGCAGCAGCCUGGACCACUUGGCCUCGGAUUCUCCUGAACGGGAGAGCCAGAUUAGUACCGACUCCAACAACAUGCUGCAGGAGCUGGACACUUGCCUCUGUGUGGAUGCCACUCAGCCUCUUGUACCUACCCCACACCCUCUCCCCUCACACAGUUCACCAGAAUCUUUGCGGGAAUCCAACUUGACAAAUGAAGAUCUUUGUUCUUCCGACCACCCAAGGUUUACAGAAUGCUCAGAUCCUGUAUCUUCUGUUAAGUUACUAAACUCCUGUGAUGAAAAGGAUGAGCACUUGGACAAGGUUUCAUUGUUCAAUUGUAGUGAACCGGUCACGAGCCUGCAGAGAAGUGCAGUUGGCACCGUGAUUGAUGAAACCUAUCACAGAGACCCCUUAGCAUUAAGAUCUCAAACUCUGCAAAAUGCAGCCUUGACUUGCACCCUGAGUUUGCACGAAUCACUAAGUGAAAGCUCGGAGACGUAUUUGGAUGAGCGCCACGCGCUGCUGAUGAGGAUUCUUUCACCAGAUAAGGAUGUGAACAAACAAGAAGCCAAAGAGUUUUCGCAGCUUUAUGUUUCAUACAACGAGCCGCAUUUACCCGAGGCGGAUGCGGGUGCAGGGAGAAUGGAAACAGUGGGCUCUGGUGACAGUGGUAGCUGGAAAAGAGAGAAUGCCCCAGAGCCAUGUUUGUCAUCCAGUGAUGAGGAUGAUAUUUAUGGCCGUGCCGUUUCUCACUCCGUGUCUGAAACCAGCAUGGCUGAACUCCUACACAGUCGUACCACGGCAGAAUCGCUGGGCCUAGUCUCCCAGGACUUGAAAAACUCUGCCGAUGAAAUGGAACUUUUAAAGUCUGAUCAGUUUUCUGAGAGCUGGAUGGGUUACUCUGGCCCUGGGUAUAAUAUCCUUAGUCUGGUGGUCUCUGAAAAGCAUAUCUGGUGUUUGGACUGUAAGGGUGGCCUGUACUGUAGUCCUUUCUUCGGUACAGGUCUGCGGUGGCAGAAGUUUGAAGAUGGUGUCCAGCAGGUGGCAGUGUCACCCUCAGGUGUGUUACUGUGGAAAAUUGAACAAAAAUCGAGCAAAGCAUAUGCCUGUGGCAAAGUGACAAUGAAGGGGAAGAGACAUUGGUACGAGGCCUUGCCCAACGCUGCUUAUGUUGCCUUAAGUGAUGACGCUGCCUGGAUCAUUCAAACCAACGGCGAGCUCUAUUUGCAAACAGGCCUCAGUGCAGAUCGCCCCUGUGCCAGAGCAGUGAGGGUGGAUUGCCCUUGCCCUUUGAUGCAAAUAAUCUCUAAGAAUAACGUGGUCUGGGCACUGACGGAACAGCGAACGGUUCUCUACAGAAAAGGCAUCAGCAGCUUCUGCCCAGAAGGAGAACAGUGGAUGCCUGACGUUGUAAGUGAAAGACAAAUGCUGGAGUUGGUGUGUAUAGCACUGGGAGGCAAGCAGACGGUCUGGGCUUUAGACUCAAAUGGCAACCUCUGGUUCCGCACUGGCAUAUCGUCAAAGAAACCACAAGGUGAAGAUGACCACUGGUGGCAGGUGAGCAUUACGGAUUACGUGGUCUUCGAUCAGUGCAACAUCUUCCAGGCGAUAAUUCAAGCCACGCAGACUGUGGCUACAGUUGCUCAGGCACCAGUGGAGAAAGUGGCAGACAGACUGCGAGGUGUCUUAUGGUCUCAACAGUCUCUGUCUCAGCCAAGUCUCAUCAGUGUCAACGGCUGUGGCGUGUGGAUUAUAUCGGGCAAAAACGAGUUCCACGUAGCCAAAGGAAAUCUGUUAGCUACAUACUGGAAGUCGAUAGUACCACGUGGAACAGUAUCAGCUACAAAAUGGGCUUUUGUUGUGGCUUCCAUGGCCCCUACUAAAAAAGGAAGUGUUCUGUGGCUGGGACAAAGCCAUAAAGAUCUAUUCUGUGUCGCUGAUGAGAACCCUGAGUUCCGGCCCUCCACUGUACAGCUGCCUCCAGAUGUGGAGAUGAUGCAGAUUGCUGCCAAUCAUGACGCUGUAUGGGGUCUCGACACCAGGGGCAGGAUUCAUAUCAGGACCUUGUCAGAAAACUGCCCCAGCGGCAUGCACUGGUCGAAACUGGACCUGGCACAGCUAGGAAGCAUCAAGCUAGCAAGCUUGGCGUGUGGAGGUCAGCACGUGUGGGCUUGUGAUUUUGACGGCGUUAUUUAUUUCCGUGUCGGUACACAACCGUUAAACCCCAGCAUGAUGCUGCCCGCUUGGAUAACCAUUGAACCACCAGAACAGCCUUUAGGAACACAGCUGUACAAUGUAUAUUGUAGCUCCAAUGAUCAGAUGCUUUGGGCCAUUGAUAAUCGUGGAAAUGUGCACGUACGAAUUGGAAUAACGGAGGCAAUGCCUGUAGGCACUGAUUGGGAGCAUGUUCCAGGUUUGCAGGCAAGUCAAUUAGCAGUGAGCAACCGAACAGUUUGGGUUCGUUGUCCUAAUGGAGAUGUGGCACGUCGUUAUGGCAUAACAAGCAAAAACCCUCCUGGUGAUUAUUGGAAAAAGAUUCCUGGCAAUGUGGCUUGCAUAACAGUAACUCCUCAAGAUGAACUGUGGGGCAUCAGCAAUGGAGGCUCUCUCCUUCAAAGACUAACCAAGAAUUUUAGCCACACUGAUUCACUGGUUAACCCCAACCGUAAUGUUGCUUUGGGGCCAUGCGAUGACUUUGAUGAUGAGUGGGAGAUUAUCUGACCAUUGGAAGCAUAGCUUUUUGCAGCAUUGAGGCCAUUUAAUCAAGCAAUUUAGAUCACUUUUUUUUGUACACAAUGUUAAAACUAUUAGGGAUAAAAAUUGCAUUCAGUUGAGGUUUUCUAAGUUAUCAAUGUUAUAAUUGAUAUGUUAUAAUUGAUAUGGCUUUGUGAUUCUGCCGGUAUCGAUAUAUAUAUAAAUCACUACACUAUAGAAUAGGGACUGACGUGCUUGGUAUCCUAUCUUCAAUUGGACAAUUAAUGCCAGAGUAUGCUCCGACAGAAUAUAUUUGGACUGCCUUGUGCCAAUCAUUUAACAAUCCACAGCUCUGAUGUGUUGCUUUCCUGCAGCUGUUUGACAUACCCUCAUACUUGAAAGGUUUGUGUGCAGUUUUGUUGAUUUAUAUGACCAUGAAUAAAGCACGAUAAUUUUGUCAGAGUUUGAUCUGCACCCAAGUUGCAGCUGUAUGGAAAGCAUGUGUAUUUCCAUGACCUUCAAUUCAAAACCUGCAAUUCAACUUAAUUUCUAUGACUGGAAGCCAGCAGUCUCCGAUUUUAAACACUUACUCUAUCAUGGAUUUUAUUAAGUAAACUGUACAAUAUACUUGUACAAUAGUGUAGAUAAUUUAGAACAGUUUUAUGUUAUUAUUUAAGAUAUUAGUAUACAGCAGUAAAACCGUAAUUGUAGAUAUCAUAACAGUACAUUAUUCAACUCGUUGAUUGAAUUAAAGUAUCAUUUUGAAAUAAGUUGUACAUCUAUUUAAAUUUUGUGUUGAAUUAUUAUGCUAUCUUCCCAAAAAGCCUUUUGCUAAAUAUAAUUUACUGUAAACAGUAUCUGUGUACAACUGUAGUAAUAAUUUGAGGUUUUAGUAAUUUUAAUUUUUUUAAUCCUUUUAAGUGACAGAACCUGGCUAUAAAAUUAUCGGCAAAACUGAUUAGUGAUGCUUAUUCCCUAGCUUACUGCGAAAGUAAAGAUGUUUACACGUUUGGGAUAAAUAUUAACCCCAUGUUUAUGUACAGAUGAGAAGCAGUUUCUGUACAUAAUGAAAGUUUAGUCCGUUGCAAUUUGCACUUUGAGCAUUUCUAUUGAGUAUUUUGUGAAAAUACAUAUUUAAUAUCUUGACAUAACAUUAUAAUCUGAUUUGUAGCAUUCAUGGUGAGGUAUGUAAUGUCCCAUUAUAUUGAAAUGAUGUACUUUUGUUCUGGAAUGAGACAAUUUUUUUCUAGUGUAAAUGACAGUGUGAAAUAUCCCAAAAUAACUAUCAGGUAGCAAGUUAAAUAUUCCACAAACAACAGCACCUUUUGCACAAAAAAAUCUAACCAUAGAUUGGUUAAUUCAUUUGCCCAAACAUUGCUGGCUCAUUCUGAAACCUUUAUUCAACGUUCUGCAUAAAUCCUUUUAAGCCACAAAGGAUUUGUGCAACCAGCAUUGUCGAUGUAUAACUGUACAUGCCAGAUCCCCAGAUAAUUGUUUGGAAAAAUUAAACUCCUGAAAGCUUGUUCUAUGUAGGGAAUGAGAAGCCCACUUGUCUGAUCAUUUACCUUUAACUUGCCUUCAAAUAAAUUGGGUACUUAUCAGUCAAUUUAAAGGUUGUAUAAAUGUGAAGCAUAACUUUAAGUAAAUGCAGAGUAAAAUAUGAUUAAAAAGACAGAACUAGAUAAUGUGGGUAGAUGUGGGUAUGCAAAAUCUGUACCAUAUUCAUGGAAAUAAAUUUUAUAAUCAGUCUUUAUUAUAUCCAAGCAAAUGAGGUUUCUAUGGUACUGGCCCUUCCAAUUGGCAGCAUCACCAGAUCUGGACUGCAAAUAAUCACACUCGACUUUUUGGAGAUGCUCCAAUCUGUAAGUAAUAUGUGAAGAUGGACACAAAAAGCUGGAGUAACUCAGCGGGACAGGCAGCAUCUCUGGAUAGAAGGAAUAGUUGACGUUUCAGUCUGAAGAAGGGUCUCAACCCGACACGUCACCCCUUCCUUCUAUCCAGAGAUGCUGCCUGUCCCGCUGAGUUACUCCAGCAUUUUGUCGACGUAAACCAGCAUCUGCAGUUCUGUCCGACACAGUAAUAUGUGAAUGUGACACUUGGAUACUAAAUAUGGAAACUUUUGAUUCCCCUGGAGUUUUACUGACAAAACAAAACUAUAUAAAUUCAAUGUGAAAAGAUUUUUAUUAAUAUCAACUCCAACUGGAGUAUUAAAAUUGCAAAAGCCUGCAAUGUUGGAAAAUUAGUUUGUACAUGCAAGUGACUAACCAGUGUGCACUAACAGAAGUCUGUUAUGUCUUUAAAAAUACAGGAAAUUCUAAUGUAUUUUUGCAAAAACUCAUUUGCUCAACUUAAUUUUCAUUCUUUGAAAGAAUUCCAACAUUUGUUAUUCAGUAUCUUAGAUGCAGUAUACAAAUAGGAAAUAUUUUUUUAAGCAGUUUUUAGAAUGUGUCUCUGGCAGUACAUAGUGUUGAAUACUGUAAUUGUUAAUGCUGUGAUUGUAUGAGGGUAAAACCUUGAGUUGGUAAUGUGCUGCUUUAACACUUUGAAAGAUUAUACGCAUUAACAUGACGUUGCAGCUUUACUUGGUUAUGGCCCUUUUUGACAUCUUAUUUCAAGUGCUGAAUACUUGUAGAUGUUAAAAUGUAAAUUGUAGUUAAAUAGAGAGACGGCUGUGGCUGAAAUAGCUCUGGGAGUAUUUAAGCAAUGUUGUAAACAGAAUUGUACUACAUGCAUGGUGUUGUAUAUUUAAACUAUUAUUUAUGAAUGAACUGUCAUUACAGCUAAUAACAACUUUAUUAAAACAUUUAUGUUUUACAUUUGUGUUUCAAAAAUAGUACUGUUCCUAAAAUAUUACCUGUACUUGUUUGCCUAACUCCAGCAAAAGUAAAAUAAAAGAACUAAAGGAUCUUUUCUACAUUUGCUUUAACAUAAUUUGCAUACAUUGUCUUUAUGCAAGAAUUUCUGAAGUUGACGGUUACAUUUUGAGAAUGAACUA